AUGGCAACCGCUGUACCAAGAAAUGUUUCACCUUUAAUCCGUGCUGGCCGAUGGGGUUUACUUUUAACCGGUCUCGUUUAUGGUCGUAUGCAUCACAACACAUUGAAGAAACGUGAAGAACGUAUACGACAAGGCGAAAUCGAUCGUGUUACCCAACAUGCUAUUCAUGAACUUGCCGACCAAAAGAUUCGCGCUGAUCAAUCAAUGGUUGAUUUAGCUCAAGCAGCUGGUGUCGAUCCAAGUGGAGCAAAAAAAUCUGAAGAUGCUAAAAAAUCCGGUUCAACUAGCAAACACCAUUAG